AUGGCACCGCUCAUCGCUAUUCUCGGCGCCGGCCCAAGUGGUCUGGCACUGGGCCGCAUGCUAGAACUCGCCAACAUCUCCUACGUGGUCUUUGAGCGAGACCUAUCAGGUAAUGAGACCACUUCGCGAGCUGGUUCGCUCGACAUUCAUACCGGCUCUGGUCAACUCGCUCUCCAAGAAGCCGGUUUAUUAGACCAAUUCAAGAAACUUGCCCGCCGCGACGCGCACACCAUAUUGGCCGAUGCGCAGGGCAAAGUUUACAUCAGGACCGGUGAAAGCGACGAGGUCAAUGAAGACAGACCGGAAAUCGACCGCAAGGAUUUACGAACCUUGCUCCUGAACUCGAUCCCAGCGAACAGAAUCCGCUGGGGCAUGAGGGUUCAACAUGUGCAAAGAGAUAUCGAUGGGUCCAUGUCUGUCCAUUUCGCGGACGGCAGUAUCGAAUCAGGAUUCCGACUCGUCGUCGGGGCGGACGGUGCAUGGUCCAAAGCCAGAAAUCUAGUCACAUCCGCCAAACCUCAGUAUUCUGGACUGCACUACUUGACGACAACUAUCAACCCAGAGAAUCCGUUCCACUCCGCUGCGGUCUCGUUGGCCGGACAGGGCAACUAUAUAGCCUUUGGCGGGGGAAAGCAAAUCGUUGUUGUAAAGCUUGGUGACGGCUCCUACUACAUCGGCGUGGGCUUGCGUCUUCCCGAGAAUUGGAGUUCAGAGAACGCUGCUGUUCUCCAGGACCCGUCGGCGCUACGUCGGUGGCUACUAAAUGAUUACUUCGCAAACUCGCCUCAGCUGCAUACAGACCUGAUCGAACACAGCGAAGGGGACUUCUAUGCUUGGCCGCUGUACGCCAUGCCGACUGAAUCGCUGUCGUGGAGGACGGUUCCUGGUGUAACUUUGAUAGGGGAUGCUGCGCAUCUCAGCACACCCUUUGUUGGUGAAGGUGUCAACUGUGCCAUGAUGGACAGUCUCCAGCUAGCCCAGCAAAUCGUCAAGCAUGGAUUGGAUGAUCUCGAUCGUGCCAUGUCGGAGUACGAGAAAUUGAUGUUCCCUCGAGGGAUUGAUCUCAUCAGCAGAAGCACGAAGAGCGGCGAGCUAUUUUUUGCGCCGGACGCACCGCGAGGCUGGCUCAAGGCCUUUGCCGGCAUUGACUGUGCUUGA